UGCGCGCGCUUCGCCGGCCCGACGGGCCCGCUCGCAGCGCAGCUCGUGGCGGGCGCCUCCUCCCGUGUCCUCUCCCUCGCCGCCGGCUUCCGCGGCGACCGCACGGACCUCGAGGUGCUCAGGCUGUCGUCUUUGUAUCAGGAGGUCGAGCAGGGGAGGGUGCUUGAGCCCGCGCAGUAUCUGGUUGGAGAUGGGGGCAGGUACCCGCUGCUGCCCUGGCUCAUGGUGCCGUUCCCGGGGCCGGUGGUGCCUGGCUCCCCAGAAGCAGCGUUCAACGCUGCGCACAGGGCAAUGUGCUGCCCGGUGAGGCGUGCCGUCCGGAGCCUAAUGGGGUGGGGAGCCAUUGCUCGGCUCCACGAGGAGGAGAGCCCUCGUGCCGCUGUGGCGUGCAUUGGGACGUGCGCGAUGCUUCACAAUGUGUUGCUGACUAGGGAGGAUUACUCUGCAUUGGCACCUGAUGAGGCGGAGGCAGAGAGUGAAAGGGAAGUGCAGAGCCAGGGAGUUGGCACUGGUGCUGGAUCAGAAGGAGUCGAGGUUGACGGGCGUGCAUUGGUGUUGCGAAGUGCAUUGGCAGCAACAAUGAAGGACCUGCGUGCGCCUGACUAGCAAUGGUGAUUGUUCACAAUUUCUGUCAUUGUCGAUUCUUUUUAAUCGUAUAGUUUGUGUAGUGGUGAAUAUUUCGAUUCCAUUUGGUUCGUCACUCUUCAUUUUGUUGCUUGCUCAAUAAAUCAAUAAAGAAAUUAGACUAUCACUUCA